AUGGAGGGCACACUGCAGAUUCGAGACUUCUUCUACGCGGGGUACGAGAGCCACUGCCUGAGGAACUUCGAGACAGCCAGCGAGGAGGAGCGGAAGGAGGCGGAGGAGUACAUUUACCAAAUAUACAUGCGGAGGAACGAAAAGGAGGCGCUGCUAGGGUUGAAGAAGUCGCCAAAUGAAAACCUCCAGUGGCUAGGCAAAUACUAUGAGCAUUAUUACUUGAGGGAGAAGAAGGCGAAGGGGGGUGUGGCCAUGGAAGCAGAAGCACUGCUGAGCGAAGUGGCAAAACUAAAAAUAACCUCCCCCAAUGGAAAUAUCCUAAAGAGUAGACUGCUAUUCGACUGCAACAAGUUACAGGAGUGCUUCGAGUUGCUGGCAGAUGGCCCAAUCGAAGUGACGUCAGCUAAGAUUAUUCUUCUCCUCCUCAUCAACCGACAUGACUUGGUCAGCCAAAUGAUGGAGGAGUACAAACGGAUGAACGACGAAAUACCCAUCGUAAAAAUUGUGCUAGCCAUUUUUUACCUUUUUAAAGAAAAUAAUAAAGAAGCCUUUUUAACCUUUGACGACUUGGAGUCCAUGUGUGCGUCCACCGUGAACGACGUCUCCACGGUCAUCCUCAACGGGAAGGGGGUUUCAAAUAUAUUAAACUACGAGUUUAAUGAUGCGAAAGAGUUUUUGAAGAAUGCACUGAGGGAGGAUCCCACCAAUGGGGAUGCCCUGUACAAUUUGAUUACAUGCUCUCUAUAUUUGUACGAGCUGGAUGAGGCGAGUGAAUUUUUGGAAAAACUUUAUGAGUCGUACCCUUCACAUGAGAGCUUACCCGUUUUGAAGAACAUCGACGAUGCGGUUGACAACUUCGUUGCGCAGUUUUAG